CUCUUUUCUUCCCAACUUUGUAUACCCAAUCCCAACUUCAUUAUACCGCCUUUUUUGUUCUGCAAUGUCAUCUACACCAAGAAGGACCACUGUACAACCUCGACAAACAAAGGCCUCGGCAUUACGUAACUCUUCAUUCCAAAGUAAGAGUACCAACUUGGAUGAUGCUUCUCCAACUCGAAAAGUCACUACAAAAGCAACAACAACAACCACUACUCCUGCAUCCGUUCGAAAUGUGCGUGCUUCCGAAGGAGUACGAGCAUUCAUGUGUCAACAACGUUCUCGUCUUCAGAAAAAUAAGGAAAUCCAAGUAGAAGAAGUGGACACUUUGAAUGUCAAGAAACCAUCUGGUCAAGUCCUGACAGGCGCUCAGCGCUAUACCGAUCAUCAUCAAGAUAGAAAUACCAACUUAUCUGGUCCUGAUACCUCCAAUUUGAAAUCUGUCAUUCAACAAGCAAAGUCUUCUGGUAAAUUGAAUAUCUCCAAUCGCUAUUUGCAAAGCAUACCUGAACAAAUUUUAAAAAUGUACCAUGUGGACCCAAAUUCAAUUGUUGUGGAUUUUAGCUCAUCAUCUGAUGGUGCGUGGAAUGAUAUGGAUUUGACCAAGUUUAUUGCUGCACACAACGAAAUCACUCAAAUAGAUGAUCGAUUGGGGACUGAAUUUGGCGCCUUGACACUCCUAGACUUUCGGAACAACUGUCUACAAGAUCUUCCCUCUUCCUUAGCAUCUCUACAAAAUCUCACCACCUUACAGUUGCCUCAUAAUCGAUUUGAAAAUGUACCUAAUGUGAUCUUGGAUCUACCGAAUUUACGUGAACUGAAUAUGGCACAUAAUCAAAUUAAGCAAUUACCUGACACUAUAGCUCAAAUAGAUCGUUUGGAAAUCUUGGAUCUUAGCAACAAUCACAUUGGUCCAACUCUUCCUGAUGGAUUAUUGAUAUCUUUGACCCUUCUUCGCAAGUUGAAUCUGGAUCACAAUCGCUUGACACGACUACCUUCCUGUUCCCCAGUUGGUUGGCAAAGAUUGGAUGACCUAUCAUUAUCUCACAAUAGAUUGACUUGUUUUAUCUCUGAUGAUAUAUCAACGGAAUGCAGGUUACCAGCUCUAUUACGAUUGGAUAUUCGCCAAAACAACCUACGCAAAAUUACAUCAAAUGUCCAAUUACCAAAAUUGAAAGAGCUACUAUUGGCUGGAAACUCAUUAGCAACAAAUAAUGAAGAUGUCGAUGAUCAACCCUCUGCGAUGCAUGAUUACUCUUUCUUUCAGUAUUGUGAGGAACUUUUGACUCUUGAUGUGGGAUCGAAUCAAUGGACCGAUGUCCCUUCUGAAGUACUAAAUUUGACACAGUUACAGCGAUUGGAUAUUGGAGGCAACAAUCUACGUAGUUUACCUUCUGGUUUGGGAUCAUUAUCACAUUUGAAAUCGUUGAAUUGGGAAGGUAACCCUUUACGCUCGGUGCCAAGGAAUAUGACUAUGGCUGAACUGAUUGAAUCAUUGCGCGCAACUCAACUUUCAGAACAUGAAAACAAGGCGACACCAUCCAUCACCUCUUCUUCUACAACAAAUGAAAGCAACCAAAGCAAAUCGAAUGAAAUGAAUGGUGAAAACAAGUCAAUCGAUACCACUAAUAAAUGUGAACAAACCGCAACUAUUGUUACCACUCGCACUCUGGAUCUUUCCAAUCAGAAACUGACAGAAUUACAGGAAGGAUUAAUAUCUCAACAUUCAGGCGUCCAAAUUCUUCAAUUACAUCACAAUGAAUUGACAAGUUUCUCCAUGCUUAGUUGUACUCGAUUCAGUAAUACUUUGGUUCAUUUGUCCUUGGAACGAAAUAAACUAGGAUCAUUUUCCUUAUCCUUCUCUUGUGUUUUCACUGCAUUGAAAACGUUAACACUGGCCAACAAUCGUCUUCAAAAAAUCACGUUUGAUCAAUCUACACAAGACGAUGGAAAUAACACCAGCAGCUUUCCAGCAUUGACCGAACUCGAUAUCAGCCACAAUACAUUGGUCGACUUACCUUCUGGAUUGACAACACGUGUUUUACCUUCUCUUCGUAUUCUACGUUGCAACUCCAAUCGUUUGGAAAGUAUCGACCCAGCGAGUCUGACGAAUUUAGAGGUGUUGGAUAUAGGAAACAACGAUAUCACUGCUUUACCUCCUGCUUUGGGUCUGAAUGACUCUCUACGUGAACUGACUGCAUAUGGGAAUCGAUUCCGUGUGCCACAACCGUCAUUGCUUGCUCAAGGUACGCCUGCUGUGAUGGCCUUUCUCAAGAGACGUGCGGGUGUCGCUACUGACUGAAAAAGACAUUGGAUUCUGAGUAGUUUAGA